AUGCGCGUGUUUCCCACAUACAUUGCUGUCUCGGGCCUAUUUGGUGGCGCCUUUGCAGCUUUUGGCGCCACCAACAUCAAAGGCCAGACGAAGCUGUUUGGUACCUCUUUCGGGAUUCUUGCAAAGAAUGCCUCGUAUGACUAUGUCAUUGUUGGAGGAGGCACUGCAGGCUUGACCGUUGCGGCCCGACUGGCCGCACAGCCGAAUGUCUCUGUUGCAGUGAUUGAGGCUGGAAGCUUCUAUGAAAUCGACAAUGGAAACAUCAGCCAGGUACCUGGAUAUGGAGCUAACUACUUGUCAUUCAAUGACCUGACGCCGAGCCCUGUGUUGGUGGAUUGGGGAUUGAUCACAGAGCCGCAGGACGGCCUCAACAACCGUCAAAUUCAUUACUCCGCUGGCAAGACCCUUGGGGGGAGGGCUACAAAGGGUUCUUAUCAGCGGUGGGCGGAGCUUGUCGACGACGACACCUACACGUGGGACAAACUACUUCCUUAUCUGAAGAAGAGUGUGGACUUUACCAAGCCUAAGGAUGCCGCCACUUAUCCUUAUGAUGCCUCCGUCUACAGCCCAGAGGGCGGUCCUCUCCAAGUCUCGUUCCCCAAUUACCGAGCCCCCUGUGAUGACUUCAUGGAGACGGCUUUCACCAAGUCAGGGCUCAAACCUAUCAAAGGCCUUAACAGCGGGCAUCUAGAUGGCUUCGCACCGACUACAUUUGUGAUCAACCCUGCGGACCAAACAAGAAGCUCCUCCGAGGCAGCGUUCCUCCAGGAAGCUCUGGAUACCACUGCCAUGACCCUUUAUCUGCGGACUUUAGCGAAGAAGAUCCUUUUUGAUACCAACAAGACUGCAAAUGGGGUCCUUGUGGAGACUAACGGAGCAGAGUACACCAUCUCUGCGAAGAAGGAAGUCAUUUUGUCGGCUGGAGUGUUCCAUUCCCCUCAACUUCUUCUCCUCUCAGGAAUUGGUCAAGCAGAUAGCCUCGAGAAGUUUGGAAUUCCUGUAAUCUCUGAUCUGGCGGGCGUUGGGCAGAACUUGUGGGAUCACCUCUUCAUCUUCACCAGUCAUGAGAUGAAUAUCACCACCAAUUCAGGGGUUCUGGUCGACCCCGAACUGCUCGCGGAAGCCGUCGAAUCGUAUCUCAACCAGCAGACCGGUCCACUUACGGGCAUUGGCGGUGGCGUUGUUGGAUGGGAAAAACUCCCCAACCGGGUCAGCUUUUCCAACUCGACAAAUGAAACCCUGGCCAGUUUCCCAGAUGAUUUCCCCGAAGUGGAAUAUGUGGCCCUGGCUCCUGGCUCCAACCCCGCAUCCGAUCCGCUUGCAAAUCACUUUGCCUCCGUCACCGCUGCCGUCCAGAGCACCAGCUCUCGAGGGUAUGUGAAGCUGCGCAGCGCCGAUCCCCAUGACGCACCCAUCAUCAACAUCAAUGCUUUAAGCCACCCUGCGGAUGCCGAUCUGGCUGUCGGGGCUAUCAAGCGACUGAGACAGAUUGCAGAGGCAACUGGAGUCCGCGUCAAGGAGGUUCUGCCUGGUCCAGAAGUCGUAAGCGACGCUGAGAUCUUGGAGUGGGUGAGGAACAACGCCGUGAAUGGGUAUCACGCCAGCUCAACAUGUGCAAUGGGCAAUUCUUCGAAUCCGGACGCCGUCGUCGAUACUCGCGCCAAGGUAUACGGUGUUUCGAACCUGAGAGUCGUGGAUGCGAGUGCUUUGCCGUAUCUCCCUCCGGGCCAUCCGAUGAGCUCCAUCUAUGCAUUUGCCGAAUUGAUUGCAGAGGAUAUCUUGAGUAAGUGA